AUGGAUAGGAGUAUGAUCGAUGCAGCAAGCGGAGGAGUGUUGGUGAACAAAACUCCUACACAAGCAAGAGAGUUGAUCUCAAACAUGGCAGCCAACUCUCAACAGUUCGGCUAUAGGCUCAACCCUCCAACAACUCAUGCUAAUGAGGUAAACAUCUCCUCCCUAGAACAUAAAAUUGCAAGCCUGACCUCUCUUAUCUGUCAAAUGGCCACAGGUAAUACACAAACGGUGAAGGCUUGCGGGAUUUGCUCAACUCUGGGACAUCUAACUGACAUGUGCCCUACGCUUCAAGAUGAACCUUACGAACAAGAUAAUGCUGUUGGGGGAUUCUCGCAAAAGAGAUACGAUCCCUACUCGAACACCUACAAUGCAGGAUGGAGGGAUCAUCCCAACCUGAACUWUGGAACCAAGCCCUUCGGCUUCCAACAUCAGCAUCAAACCAGGCCGUCGGCUCCACCAUAUUCAGCCUCCCCCAACUCAGGUAUGUCUCUCGAUGAAAUUGUGAAAGCCCUUGCAACUAAUACUCAACAAUUUCAACAGGAGACAAGGACAAGUAUCCGAAACCUGGAGAAUCAGGUCAGCCAGCUAGCGACAGCUAUGAGUCAAAUGGAAUCCCAAUCAUUAGGGAGGCUACCUUCUCAGACCACGACCAACCCGAAACAAAAUGCUAGCGCUAUCACGUUGAGAAGCGGGAAGGAACUGAAUGAACCCUAUCAAGAAGCAUCCAAAGAUACAACUAGAAAGGAGACACCAUCCCAAACGGAUUCAAGUGGAAAGCCACCCCAAUCCAUAGUCAUCGCUCCACCUUUCCCUAGUCGAUUUGCAAAAUCCAAGAAGGAGGAGCAAGACAAAGACAUUUUCGAGACCUUCCGCAAAGUUGAGGUAAACAUCCCCCUCCUUGAUGCAAUUAAGCAAGUACCCUGCUAUGCCAAAUUUCUCAAGGAGUUGUGCACUACUAAGAGAAGGCURAAAGGCGAUGAGAAG